AAUGGAAACCUGCAGAGAUCCCCGAUGAGUGGCUGCUGCGAAGAACGUGGAUCGUGACGAAACGUGCAGGCUCGCGGGAUUAUCAGAUCACGGGACAAUAAAUCGGCGGACCGAGCAUGACUCAACGGUCGUAACGCGAUUUUGCUGACAAGUCGUUAAUAAUCUUUUUCCUACUUCUGUUAUAGAAAUAGAAUGUAGCUCAUAAUCGUUAGGCGUACUUUACAUAUCUGCGAUUUGAUUCACAUUCUCGACGUUUCUGGAAUGUUUCUGUGAUGUUUAUUCGUUAACCCUAUGCGCUGACGUCACACAGGUGAAGUAUGGCUGAGAAUAGACCAGAAGAAACAACAGAAGCCAAUAGUAAUCCAAUGUCGACACGUGUAACAAGUCUCAAUGAAAAUAGGCAGACUCAAGGAUUGCCAAAUACUAUUCGAUACACAUUGCCGAGCAUGAAUCCUGCGACGGCAUUGAACUUUAGUGUAAGGACUGCAGAACGCUCGAGGACAUUUGCAGAUAAUAUUUCCUCCACUAUCGAAGGAAUUCGACCCUUUAUACAACAGGCAGCGCCAAAUUUAUCGUUCACCUCGUUCUUGGCUAUUCACGGAUUACGGAAUCACGUUCACGCGGUAACGUCGCCGAGUGACAGCUACAUAAUCAACCUCGAAGAGGCUCCGACGGGUGGCACGGGUUCUCAGGUCGAGUCGAUGCGUCAUCACCAUCACCAUCACCAUCAUCACGUAACGGUGACACCGGCUGAUCACUCGGGCAACGAAGCUGCACACCAGAUUGUGAACAGCCAAAACAAUAACGGCAACAACAAUGCCUCCGAGGAUGCUACUGCCAAUAGCAAUGUUCAGAUUAGCGUGGAAGGUCGUGCAAUGCUGAAGCAACUGCAGCAAUACGUUCCCUUCAUUACUAUUCUUCUCGCGAAAAGCCUGUACGAUCAUCGCGCCGGGAUACUGAUGUUCAUCGUGCUGCUGAUCACGUUCGUUCACGCCAACAACGAUCUUAAACGCGAGAUCGCCAAGCAGCACAAUCGCAGCUGGUCACUACUGAUGCUGAUCCUCGGCUACAUCACCGCCUGCAUCGUAUUCGUUGGUUACACCUUCGAUCUGCACACCCUCGCGCCUUACGCCGAGCCGCUCACAAUCUGGGACCUGCUGUGCUACGUUGCCAUGAUGGACUUCUUCCUGAAGCUUAUCACCGUUGUCUGCAAGAUUCUCUUGACGUGCUUGCCGGUGCGGCUGCUGGCGUUCCAGAACCGGGGAAAAUAUUACCUCAUGGUGGAAGCGGCGUCGCAGCUCUAUCGAUGCGUCGCGCCCGUUCAGCCGUGGCUGUACUACCUCUAUGAAGCCUACCAGGGCCCUGAGAAGAUCGUGGGAAUCUUCUUUUCGGUGAUGUACACUAUGAGCAAAGGCAGCGAUCUGUUGACGCGUGUUAAGCUAUUCCGUACUGCGGUGUGGAAGUUGUUCCAGAAUGUGAGUCUAGGGGUAUCUCCGUCGAAGGAGCAGUUGAUCGCGUCCGGUGGCAUAUGCGCCAUUUGCCACGAGGAGUAUUCUACACCGGUGAGGCUUCAUUGCAAGCACAUUUUCUGCGAGAUAUGCGUCUCGACGUGGCUUGACAGGGAGCGCUCGUGUCCGCUGUGCCGCGCGUCUAUCACGGACGACCCGAUCUACCGGGAUGGCCAUACAACAAACUUCAUUCAAUUGUAUUGAUUCCACCAAAUCGGGGACAUUUUCGCCUUCCCUCCCCCUCGUCCACUUGUACAGUUCUUUUAAUUAAUGCUAAGAAUGUAAGAUUCUGUUCUAAUGACAAAUGUGUCCUCCAUUAGACGUGUCGGAUAAUCUACUUUUAUAUCUUUUCCAUCGUGUUUACGAACUUUUCAGACGAAAAAAACUUAAAUGAUGAUAUCAGGAUAAUAAAUAAUGUUAAUGCGAUCUUUUAGUAAAAUCGAUUAGAGUAUUGCUUGAGACAUACGCAUUUGGGCGUAUGUAAAACAUUUUGUACAUAAGUGGGUACGUUUAUAUAUAAAUAUAUAUAUAGCUCAUUAGGCGUUAAAUAGAAAACUAAUAAGAACAUAAUUUUUCAUGUAUAUAAAACAUAUUUAUAUAUAAAUUAUGUCAUUACAUAUAUAUAUAUAUAUAUAAAUUAUAUACAUGUAUAUAAAACCGACACCUUGUAAUUGCCUCCUCCAAUUGAUAAAAAAUUAAUUUUCAAUUUUUAUUAAUGAUAUAAAUAUUCAGUUGUCUCUUUUAGAUCUCUAUUUUGCAUACAUGAACGUAAUGAGUAAGGAUUGUUACAGAAACAAUAUUGUUUUGAUCACAUCUUUUGAAAUAAUAUCCACCAUUUUCUCUUUUGCAUUCGAUAUUGUAUUUAUGUAAAGCAGGAAUUAUUAAAUAAAACUUGCAGAAAC